CACGUUAGGGAAGCCGGAACCACACAUAAGGAAUGUGUUUCCUACCGGACAGUUUUAUCCAACGGACUAUCAACAAAAAAUAUGGCGUCUUCACUAAAUCCAUGAUCGUUACUAGACUCGACGAUAUACAUGGGAGGUGAACGAUUUGUUCGUUGUUAAAUAAGAUCAACAGAGCUGCAGUGAAGUCAUGGUGCUGAAGAUCUUCUUUCCGCAGUGCUGUAACCGGGCAGACAGCGGCCUGCUGGUCGGACGCUGGCUCUCCGGCCAUGACUCUGCCGUGGUGUUGGCGGUCAUCCACUAUCCAUUCAUCCCAGGACAAGUCAAACAGUACAUUCAGCAGAUACAGGCCAGCAGUGGGGUGGAGCUGUCCGUGCUGGGCUCAUGGAGUCUCCCCAAAGAGGGUCAGGAGGGCAUGGAGAGCUUCCUCAGAGACCUCAGCACCAUCUUCCCCCAGAAGCGCUGGCUCCAGAUCAACCGCGAGGUGGGCAAGACCGGCUUCAACUGCCAGGUCCUCCAACGGGAUCAGAAUGGAAGAGCAAUUCCACGGGAGAUUAAAAAGAAGGUGGAAAAGACUGAUGGCGAGGCUGGAGGUGAUGGACAAAAGAAGGAGAAAAAGAAGGUGAAAAAGAAGAAGGAGGAGAAGCAGAAAGAAGAAGAGGAGAAAAAGGAGGAGGAGAAAGAAGAGGAGGAAGAUGAGGAGGAAAAGGUGAUCUUCGUCCACUAUGAGCAGAGGAAGGUGAUGCUGUCGCAGCUUCACCCAGUCGAGAACGGAGUCUCAGACCCCAAAACCGAUCCACCCUCUGAGCUGAGACAGAUGUUCCAAUCGGUGGCCCUCAGUCAGCCGCUGUACUUCCUGGACCGAUACGACGACGGGCCCCUGAAGUCCACACACUGGCAGUCCGAGGGUCGAGAGGCCAGCAUCAUCGUGGAGCUGCUCAAACAAUCCACCGUGCCGCUCUGCAUGCUGCUCCGCUGGCUGCUCUCCAUCUGGACCUGGAUUUGUAACAUCCGGAUCUUCAGUCUGCCCCCGCUGCGCUUCCUGAGCAGUAAGCUGUCCACCUGUGUGCAGCUCAGCUACAGGACGGAACACAUGAGGACGCUCAGCUCCCCGAAGAGAACCACCGAACACACGGAGUUCAUGAGGAAAGCAAACAUGGUGGUGUCGGUUCUGGUGGACAUGGCUCUCGGCAUGCUGCUCAUGUGGUGGCUGUACAAAGACAACCACAUCAGCAUGUUAGCCAACACCCUGGUGCCUGCAGCCGAUCAUGUGGCCAAAGAGCUGGAGGAGCUGCUGCAGUGGCUGAUGGGAGCUCCUGCUGGGCUGAAGAUGAACCGGGCCCUGGACCAGGUGCUGGGCCGCUUCUUCCUCUACCACAUUCACCUCUGGAUCAGCUACAUCCACCUGAUGUCCCCGUUCAUCGAGGGGAUCCUGUGGUACGGUUGUUUGUCGGCCUGCUUCGGCCUGACGUUCGCCCUCUCGCUGCUCUCCGACAUGGUGGCCCUGCUCACCUUCCACAUCUACUGCUUCUACGUGUACGGAGCCAGGCUGUACUGUCUGAAGAUCUACGGCCUCUCGUCUCUCUGGAGGCUCUUCAGGGGGAAGAAGUGGAACGUCCUGCGGCAGAGGGUGGACUCCUGCUCCUACGACCUGGACCAGCUCUUCAUUGGGACGCUGCUGUUCACCGUGCUGCUGUUCCUGCUGCCCACCACAGCGCUCUACUACUUGGUCUUCACUCUGUUGCGGCUGGUGGUGGUGCUGUUCCAGGGCGUGCUCCACCUCAGUGUGGACUUCAUCAACUCCUUCCCUCUGUUCGCUGUGGCGCUCCGCAUCACCCGCUCCUACAGACUAGCAGAGGGUGUAAAGUUCAGGGUGCUGUGUGAAGAGCCUGGGACGGCCCUGCACCUGAUGAUGGAGAUUAACCCUCUGAAGAGCAGCACGGUCGUUCAGUUGUACCGCACCCCGACGUACAGCUGUUACCCCAAAGACUCGUGGGCGGCCCUGGUGAAGAAACUGUUUGUUGGGGAGCUGAUUUAUCCCUGGAGACACAAAACCACCAAAACCGACUGAGAGAGACAUCUCUCACAGAGAGACGGAGGGGUGAGGGAACAACAGAAAAGGAAGUGGCUGAAUAAAUAAUGAGAUGGCGGGGGAAAUGGGAACCACGGUGGAGAGGUAAAAAUACAUUUGAGUUAAGGCGCCUAAAUGUUAGAUUGGAAGAAAGUUACAGAAGCAGAAGAAAGGUGUUUCAGAGCACAGUGAACAAGGCAAUGUAAGACACAAACUUAAAAACCAGCAAUUAGUCGCGUCCUGCUGCUGUAAGAACUGGGAUCACAAGAUGACUUUCACUACAUGAUGGAAAUCCUUUUAUUAAUCCUUCAUUUGAGGAUUUGACAUCAGCUGUUUUCCUUUGUUGUAGAAAUAAUAUGAGUAUUUAAACUCCAGUAAUAAAUGUAUAUGCACAAUGUUUCACAAAGAAAAACACCACUAAAGGACCCAAACUGUUUUCUUUUGUAUGGUUUAGGACAAAGUGGAAUUACUAAUCCUUAGAUAAGACUUAAUAGAAAAAACUAAUUAGAAAGAAUACAAGCAGAUGACAGUGCAUUGUUUGGCUUUUGUGCUGGUGCGCCUGCUUCUUAAAUGUAAUUUAAAUGUACAUUUCAAGUGCCAUAAGCAAAUAACAAAUACUGGUGUACCACUCACUAUCACAAAAAUGAAGUACAGCUUGUUUUUGACACUCCAUGGGCUUUCCUGUAAAACCUACAAAACAUUUUUGAUCACAAGAUGUCUCAUUAUCUAAAGGUUUAUAGAGUGGCAGGAAAAGGUCCUACCAUCUUUAAAUGAGUCAUUAUUUUAGCAAUUUUGUUUCACUGGAUUGGAGUAGUUCUUUGUUGUUAUUUUAAUGGGAUUUUGGUUGGAUGCCUGAAAUGAAAAAUGAGGUUAUUACAAGUUUAUGAAACUUUCAUUUUAUGAUAAAUACCCCUAUUGUGAAUGUUUGAAGCUGUAACCCAUCUCAAAAAAGAUCUGUUGAUAACAAGUGUCUCCAUUAAAACGUCAUCACACCAAACGCCACAACAAGACACCUAGUUAGCGGUGGUGACCAACAAUGUAGUCUCUUGAUAGCGUAACAUUAGCUUUUUACCGUUUGCAUUUAUGUUUCAAAAAUCAUAAAAGGGGUUUUGAUAUAUAAGGAUUAUCUAACUGAACAAAUCGUACACAUUUCCCAUUUUUGUUUAACACAGAGCUUACUUUCUGCUCAAAUCACAUAGUUUUUUUUACCAAGGAACCAGGGCGUUGACAAGUUCCCGGUUGUCCAACAAAAAUAAAAUCAUCCCUACAACACUCCAAGUCGUGAAACACCAGAAUAUAAACAUUUUGGUUUUCAUUACCCAAAACUGUCACUCCAGCACCAGCCUCUAGAUAAACCUUUUGUUGUUACCAUUGAAGCUUUGGAGGGAUUCUAGAAAUAUUCAAGUGAGACUGACUUUUUGUGAACUGCAGCCACUGCUUACUAUGAUGCUAGCACAUGGCUAAGAGUAUGUCAAGUAAAAAAGAGUCAUCAAAUCAGACUCCAUGUUUAAUGUGAACAUCCAAUUUGACAGCAGUAACCACAGGAUUCCACUCAGUAAUCAGGUAUUCAUGCUUUAACUGCACUGAUCAUGUAGGAAGUCUUAGAUUUUAUAUAAUUAAAGUAUUAGCAAAGGUCUACCUAAAAUGCAAAAACUGAUUUAUUUACUUUUUAAUACUUUGUGUUUUAAUGUUUAGUUGAAAAAUUAUUUGUGAUUUAUGUGUUAAUUUGUUGCCAUAUUUCACAGUUGUGGAGGGAGUUACUGUUCUGUUAUGGUACGAAGCAAACCUUUAUUUUGCUCAGGGUGAAUUUGUCAGCAUUUGUCUUGUUAUUUCUAAUAUACAGUAUGUGCCUAUUCAUGUCAUUUUUAAUUUUGUGUAAUUCUUUGUAACAAUUAACUUAAUCCUUCUCUGCUUGACGUCUGCCUUGCUCAGUACAAACUGUAGGUGAACGAUACAUAAGCUGUUAAAAGUUCAACAUUAUUUCCACUUUUUAUAAAGCUUGGCAAUGAAAUUACCUCCGCCUGCAGUCUUAAUGCUGAGUAAGAAUUAAAAACACAUUUUCAGACUCUUAAAUGUGAACUAUUUCUGUACUUUAGUUAGCGUCCUUAUCACCAAUUUGUUAAAUUGUCUAAAUGUGCAUUCUUGUUUUUGUAACCCUUUAUUUGAUCAUCUCCUACUGAUCUGUAAUAAACGUUCCAUUGCCAUUUAAUAAAAUUAAUGCCUAUUUAA